GGAGACAGAAGGUAGAAGAACCAGGUUUAUAGUAUUUUAUAGACAACUUGAACCUUUCUGAAAAUUCAAUUUGCCAUGUAAAGUAUUAUGCAAAACAGAAGCUACAAGAGGAAUUUUCUGGGUGCUGAACAAAUCUCGAUUUCAUCCACUUGAAAACCAACAAUGACUUCCAAAGAAAAUUUGAUUGAGUGCAAAAUUAGAUAUAUACAAAAAGAAAACCAUGCUGUCACUCUAAAUUCAGAGAAGGAGCUUUGCAUUCCCACUGACAUGGACAAAUUUACUGAACAUCUAGAGAAAGCAAAUUGGUUAGAAAAGCCUGUGGAACCUAUAGAAUCCUUAGACAAUAAAACUUCAGUUAUCACUCGAGUGCUUCAUAUACCUCUGGAAGAUGAGAAGUAUUUCAUUCAGUUUGGUGAAGAUAGACAAAAAUUUCAUCUAGACAUUACAGAGCAAACUGGUGCCAACCUAAAAUUAAAUUUUAUCGAGGAUCAAGGACUUUACAUAACAGUGUCUGGAAAUUCAGAAACUGUUAUAAAAGCUCAGAAGGAAAUUUUUGCAUGGCUUCAAAAAUAUGGUUUCAUUACAAAUCCCAUGCCUCCAAAACAGCACUGUCUUGCUAUAUGCAAUACUAGCAAUACAACGAAGCACUUAGAACAAAAUGAUGUAUUGGACGCUUACACAUUAAACCCUUAUAGUCAGAAAAUCUGUAUUAAUAGUGUUGGCACAAAUGAAGUCAUGAAAAUCUAUCCAUAUGAAGAUUUACUUAUGUCUACUGAACAAUAUAAAUGUAUUAGAGAAACAUUAAAUAAGAAAAAAGAAUAUCAUUCCCUGACUGCUGGAUCAAACAGUAAAACUAUUAACAGCAUCACACAGGAAACAGUGACAAACAACCGUAUUUUACAAUUUAGUACUAAUGAAAUAGAAAUGCUUUUUAAUAGAAAAAAUCCUCAAGUGGAUCACACUGAACCUUAUGUAAAAGCAAUAUUUGAAAAUACCAAUGAGAAAACUACAGAUGAAGAUGUAGAGAUGAAUUUGAAUUACAAUUUCACUACAUGUCCUGAUUAUAAUUUGGCACAAAAAAUUAUAGAAAGAAGAGGAGAAAUCUCAUGUACAGAAAACAUAUCAGAUUAUGUAACACAUCAAGUUGAGCCUGAAAAUUCAAGGGAGAUAUUUACUGGAACUUAUUGGAAUCGCAGGUACUACAUUUUUUCCACUGUUUGGGCCCCUUCCUGGCUUCACAAAUUUAUUUUUGGGAAGAAAGGUCAGCGUAUAUCCAAGAUAACUCAAGUAGUACCAAAUGUUCAAAUAGAUUUUACUGCAGAAGAUAAAAUUAUUAUAAAAGGACCAAAAGAUGAUGUAAAUUAUGCUCAAGAACAAAUUGACAUGAUAGUGAAAGAUCUGUUUAGCAGAAUGGAUUAUGCAGAAUUCUAUAUUAACUAUACAUUUUACAAGUAUCUGGUAGAGAAUAAUGGUACUGUAAUAAACAGAAUUAAGGAGAAGAAUGAUGUUUAUUUGUUAAUCUUACCUGACAAAGAAAAUAAUAAUUUGAUGAGAAUUGAAGGAGAAUUCUUGAAUGUUCAACAAGCUCAGAGAGAAGUUCUUGAACUUGCUGCUAUUUUAGAAAAAGAGCACACCAAAGACUUAAUCAUUGAACAAAAAUAUCACCACAAAGUUAUUGGAAGGAUAGUUGAACGGAUUUAUAACAUCCGACAGAAUUUCCCAAAUGUCAUAAUACAUUUUCCAAACCCAGGAGAAAAAAGUGAUAUCAUUCAACUUAGAGGACCAAAACACGAAUUAGAAAAAUGCACAGAGUAUUUGGAAAAUGUAGUGACAGCUAUUUUAGAAAGCAGCUAUGCAAUUACUGUCCCCCUAUUCAAACACCUUCACAAACUUAUCAUUGGAAAAGGAGGUGAAAACAUCAAAAAAAUCUGUUUAGCGAGCAAUACCAGGAUUAGUUUUCCAACGGCAAGCAGCAAUUCAGAGAAUAUUGUCAUCUUUGGAAAGCCAGAAAAUUGUGAAAUAGCUCAUAAAAUGAUUCUUUCAAUUCAAAAAGAGAUAGCCAAUAUUUCUGAAGCUGAAAUUUCUAUUUCUUCUGAUCUACAUAAAUCUCUUGUUGAUCCCAAAGAGUGUUUGAUUGGCUCAGUCAUGAGUGAAUGUGGAAAGAUUCAUAUUACUUUUCCAAAAAAUGACUCAGGCCUUCAAAAAGUCAUUAUAAGAGGCCCUGCUGAAGGUGUUGAAAAGCCACAGUAUCACCAAUUCCUCUUGAAUAAAACUUAUGGAAAUAUUUCCAAAAUCUGUAAUGAGACUGGAGCACAUAUCACUUUCCCUACACGUGAGGAUAGAGAUCAAGAAUGGAUAAAUAUUACAGGGACAGAGAAAGCUGUCAAUGAUGCACAAAUGGAACUUGAGGCUUUAAUUGAAGACCUUCAAAAUGACAUAGAGGAUAAUAUGCUUAUAAAUCCAAAAUACCACCAUUAUUUUACUACACAAAGAGCUCGGGUUUUACAAGAAAUUACUGCAGAAUAUGGUGGUGUCAUAAUAAGAUUCCCACGUUUAGGAGAAUCUAACAAAAGAGUCACACUAAAAGGAGCAAAACCUUGUGUAGAAGCAGCAAAGAAACACAUUGAGGAGAUUAUCGGUGACAUGGAAGCCAAAGUUACAAUCGAAUGUGUUAUUCCCCAGAAGUUUCAUAGUUUUUUAAUGGGACCUAUGUGCUCCCAAAUCCAACAAAUUACUAGAGAUUAUAAUGUUCAAAUAAAAUUCCCUGACAGAGAGGAGAAUUCAGCUGUCACUAUUGAUCCAAGUGUUCAGGAAAUUGGGAAAGAAAUAGUGGAAAACACCGACUAUAAACUUGCUUCAAUUUCCCCUAAGGAAUGUGAUAUUAUAUUAAUCUCAGGCAGAAAAGAAAAGUGUGAAGCAGCCAUGAAAGCUAUUGAAUCUUUAAUUCCAAUAACUGCUGUAGUUCAGGUGCCCUCUUCUCUACACCGUCAUAUUGUUGGUCAGAAAGGAAGUAGAAUAAGCAAGAUAACCAAUGAAUUUGAUGUUAAAAUACAGGUAUCAAGACCUGGAGUAAACUCUGAUAUAAUAUUCAUUAAGGGGCCUGCUGAAAAAGUGGAGCAAGCCAAAGCUAAAUUGCAAGAAAUAGUCAAUACUUUACACACUGAAAUAGAAGAUCGGACAUUAAGAAAUUUUAAACUAAUGGUGACUAUAGACCCCAAAUAUCAUUCGAAGAUCAUUGGUUAUAAGGGUAAAAUUGUUUCUCAGAUUUGCUUGCAAUAUAAUGUUUCUAUCCAUUUUCCAAAUAAAGAAAGCAAUUUGAUACAAGAUCAAAUCAUCAUCACAGGACAUAAAAAUGACACUUUAGCUGCCCAAGAUGCAAUAAUGAAACUAGUGUGUAAAAAUGAAAAAAAAGUUACUAAAUGUAUCUCACUAAACCCUCGUGUUCACAGCCGUAUUAUUGGAGUAAAUGGAAAAUCUAUUCAGAAAAUUAUGGAACAGUUCAGAGUAGACAUUCAUUUCCCUCCCAAAGGGACCUCUAAUGCAAAUAUCACUGUGACUGGACUCCCCAAUGAAGUAAAAAAAGCAAUUGGUCACAUUCUCAAACUCGAACAAUAUUUUCUGCCUAUUAUUAAAAAGCAAGAAUCUCAACAGUAG